AUGGGAACACGAAACGCCAUAGUCAUAACCUGCCAAGCGGCCGAGACUCCUGACGGCGGAAUCGAGCCCGUAGGCAUUUGCGUGAUUGAUUUCUUCACGGGCCGGAUAUUGCUGGAUUCGUUCAUCGCUCCGUCUUGCGAAAUAUCGGAUUGGAAGACGGACGUUCAUGGGGUGUCUGCGAGGACUAUCGAGACUGCUGUCAAGGGGAAUAAUUGUCUGCAGGGCUGGCGAGAGGCGAGGACGAGAUUGUUUGAGUAUGUCAAUGCGCGUACGAUUUUUGUAGGAUUUGGGAUUGAAAGGGAGCUGCGGAUGUUGAGGGUUCUACAUAAGGGGAUUGUCGAUGCACGGAUUUUGGCUAUGGAGGCUUUGUUUACGGUUGCUGAGAGGGCGAGGGGUGGGAUGAAAUGGGAGUGGGAGGUUGAUAGGGUUUGUAUGGGACUACUCGGGAUGGAAAUACGAGGGGGCGCAGUGAUGGGGAGGAGGGUGUGUGAUGAUGCUUAUGAGGAUGUGCUGGUGGUGAGGGAGAUUGUGUUGCGAUUUUUGCAGAGGCCGGGGGAUGUGGUGGCGUGGGUGAAGAGGGAGAGG